CCGCGCCUCGCGAUCCUUCGCCGCCUCGGCUCCGCCCCGCGCCCCUCGCCGCGCCUUCCCCUGCGCCCGGAGCUCGCUCCCCACAGCUGUGCACCCGGGACCGGCGGCGAACGGACGGAGCUGGAGAGAGCCAUGUCCGCCGAGGGCGAGGCAGCGGAGGUGGCCAUUGCAGCGGCGGCCGCGGCCGGCGAGGGGGGCGACGCCCCUCCGCAGCUCCCCAAGUCGGAGGAGCCCGCCGCCCCGCCGCCGUCGGAGGCGGCCAAGGACGAGGUCCCCCCGGAGCGGCCCCCGCUGCGCUGCCUGGUGCUCACGGGCUUCGGCGGCUACGACAAAGUGAAGCUGCAGAGCCGGCCGGCUACGCCCCCGGCCCCGGGCCCCGGGCAGCUGACCGUUCGGGUCCGAGCCUGCGGCCUCAACUUUGCUGACCUGAUGAUCCGCCAGGGAGUGUACGACCGGCUGCCGCCGGUGCCCUUCACCCCCGGCAUGGAGGGGGCGGGCGUGGUGAUCGCGGUGGGAGAGGGAGUCAGCGAGCGCAAGGUAGGGGACCGGGUGAUGGUGCUGGUGCGGGCCGGGAUGUGGCAGGAAGAGGUGACUGUGCCAGCAGUGCAGACAUUCCCCAUGCCAGAAGCCAUGUCCUUUGAGGAGGCAGCUGCCUUGCCAGUCAAUUACAUCACCGCGUACAUGGUCCUUUUCGACUGUGGCAAUCUUCGGCCUGGCCACAGUGUCCUGGUGCACAUGGCUGCAGGAGGGGUAGGGAUGGCAGCCAUCCAGCUGUGCCAGACAGUGGAGAACGUGACCGUGUUUGGGACCGCGUCAGCCAGCAAGCACGACGUGCUGAAGGAGAAGGGGGUCAGUCACCCCAUCGACUACCACACGUCCAACUAUGUGGAUGAAGUCAAAAAGAUCUCCCCCAAAGGAGUGGACAUUGUCCUGGAUCCACUGGGUGGAGCAGAUACCUACAAAGCUUACAACCUUCUGAAACCAAUGGGUAAAGUUGUCACCUACGGGGUGGCCAACUUGCUGACCGGCCCCAAACGGAACCUGAUGGCAAUGGCGAAGACCUGGUGGAAUCAGUUCAGCGUGUCUGCCUUGCAGCUGCUGCAGGCCAACCGGGGCAUCUGUGGCUUCAACCUCAACUACCUGGAGAACGAGGUGGAGCUGGUCAGCAGGGUGGUGCUGCAGCUGAUGACCCUUUACAGCGAGGGCCACAUCAAGCCUCACAUUGACUCAGUCUGGCCCUUUGAGAAGGUGGCUGACGCCAUGAAGCAAAUCCAAGAGAAGAAGAAUGUGGGCAAAGUCAUCUUGGUGCCCAACACAGAGAAGAAGAACUAGGGGGGAGGGUGAUGGCAGGGGAGAAAGGCUGGGGGGCAGAGAGGACAAGGGUUAAGACUUGGGGGGGGGGGGUCUAGAAUGGAGAGGUCAGGAAGUCAUAUUCUUUUGGGUUACUACUGAUGUCUCUGCCUUCUUUCUCCAGCUCUCCCAAAUACACUGCCCUCCCAAGGGUCAGAGAUGGUCUUCGUGGUGUGAUGACCUCUCUCCAAUCUUGUUUCUUUUCUCUUGGUCAGGGCUGUCUCCCCUCCCUCCCACUUCCCUCAGAAGGUUAGGAAGUGACCACUUGGAUGUAUGGGCCCUGCUGAGUGGGCGGGGACCGCCCAGAGGCCCAGCUGCUUCUUCCCACCCCACCCUCUCUUGUUCCCCUGGGCUUUCUGCCCUUCUUGUGCCAAGUUUAACCUCUUCCCCUCUCCCACUCUCCCUGCCCUGUUGUGUAUGAGUUGGUCUCUGCUUGUUGUUCCCCAAUCCUACCCUCUUAUUUCCCCCAAAGAAACUGAAAUGCCAGCUCAGGAUGGGGGUGAGGGAGGACGUCCUUUUGAGUCUAGCACAUAUCCCAUCUCAGGUGCACUUCCUAUUCCCACUAAGUCUGAAGAGCCCCAGAGUUGACCGCUCUCUAAAAUAAUAUACCGGGUGUCCUAAAAGUCUUAGUGCCAUUUUAAGCUUGCUAAAAUGGCACUGGGAUUUCUGGGACACCCUCUGUAAAUGUAAGCAAUUAAUAGCAAGUGGCUAAGUCCAGUCAGCAUUUCCCUCCUUAUUCCUGACUUUAAAAGCACAACUGGACCUUUCCUUACACAGGGCUCUUCCACAGGUUUGAUCUAAUUUGUGUCUUACACCCUAGGGAAGGGACCAACUCCCCCCACCCCGAUUCUGAGGGGUCCUGGCAGGAGUCCCCCUAGCUUCCUCUCUUCCACUGAGUUCCUUAGAUCUGUUCUCAGUGCCUUAGCAUCUGAAAAGGUUCUUGUGUUCAUGGGGAGUACUAUCAUUUCCUACCCACCCACCCCACGUUCUCUUACCCCAACACUCCCCAGUGCCUUGUUCUGAUGGAGCUGGGGUUUCCAGUCCCACUGCGCUGCCAAAAAAAAAAUCUAUGUGUCUGAGGAGGUGGGGAUCCAGACAGCCUGUAGUCUCUGGGGCUUGUGAGAAACUCCCCCACCCUUUUUCCAGUCUAACUUAACAGUCUCUGGUUGGGGAGAAUUUUUUUUCAGCCUUGCAGAUAACUGUGGAAUUUACCAGCCUGGCUUAGAAACAAAUGUGUCCGUUUCCAAACUCUGGGACCAAAAUAAAAUUUGAAGCACAUUCCAGCUUGAGUCCUGUUAAGGCCCCAACUAAUUUUUUUCCUCCUCAAAUUGGGAGGCAAGUUUCUAAACAUAGCCCUGGCUUUCUUGUUUACAUUGGGGAUUGGUUGGGGGUGGGGAGAGGGAAGAGAACAGUAGGCAGAUUUGGGCAUCCUGAGCUGGAGCCAAAUGUCAGGAUUCUGAGAGUGACCUAUGUCAGCCCCUCGUCUCUAAAUUGAGAAUGGGGGAUAAGGGACAGGUAGAUCACUACCUUGGCCACUGCCAAAUGACCAGUGUGGGGAAGGGGAUGGGCUUAUAUCCUUCCCUCCUUUUUCUGAGCAAGGCCUAACGCGAAAUGUGACUUCUGCUUUUGUGUUUGUCUUCCCCGCCCACCCACUGCCGAAGCUGCCUUUGUGUCAAUAAAGCGCUGUCCCUAUAACUUGUC